UAAAUUUAUACUAUUUUAUAUUUUAUAAUAGUUAUUAUUAAUUAUCUCAAGCACGGUUAUCUAUUAGUAGAUGUAGAUAACCGUGAUAUCAAGUGUUAAAAGUCGAUAAUCACACAGCAUACUAUCAUGAAUCAUCUCGCUUGACUAUAAAAAAAGUGACUACAUAUUAUAGUAACUAACGUUUUUAGUGUCCACUGUCUACAGCCAGCGUGAAAUAAAACAUGUCCGGAAAUCAACAGUCCAGCGAUCAAAAACAAACAAAUUCAAAGAAGCGCAAAAGGAACUUGCCUCCAAAACGAAAGUCGACUAAUGUGCUAGAGUGGAAUGAACAGGAGAAGUUGCAGCUAGCCGAAGCCAUCGACAUGUACGGAACGGUUGACAUCAAGAAACUUACAACCUGUGUACCGACCAAGACGGUUAAUCAGGUAAUGACCAAGAUACGGUCACUUAGGUUUGAGUAUAAGAAGGAAGUGGCGUCGCCAGACUUGAACGAAAUAUCUUUUGUUGACCUGAACGCCAUGGACGACUUGUUUAUUGUAGGCGGUACUCGACCCUGUCAGGUGCUGGACAAAUGGAUGGAGUACUUGAAAUCGUUUUACAACAAUGAUCAUAACCAGUAUAAUAAGUUUAAAUUGAUCUCCAAUGCAUUUCUCAUCAUGUCCGAAUGCCUGAAUUUGCCUGAUAAACCUAAAGCUGACAAUGAUUUGGACUUCAGGAAAAUAUAUUAUUUCCUUUAUCGGGUGUUCAACCAAUAUUACAUAUCCAAACAUCACAAGGAACAGCACACCACCAGAUACUUGCACGACUUGAUGCUAAGGGUGUUGCAAGACAUAGAUUACAAUUCUUUGUCAGAGAAGUUGAGUAUGUAUCGGUUGGUGACUAACUGGACCAGCGUCAAUCGAAAGGACUCGUUGAAAGUUUAUGGGAGCGCUGUAAGUAAAUCCAAUUCAACCAAAAACAAUGUGGAAAAAAAACCAAACUUUCAAGUCAAUAUUUUGCAGAAUCCAUUAAUUCCAUGUUUUAACCCGUUGCGCAUUAAAACCUAUUACAGAAACACAGCAAUGGAUUGUUCAAUUGAAAUAAUAUCUUAGACAACAUCAAUCAGAGUCGGUCUGGCCACGGCCGCAAAAUUGGGGCCCCAGCCGUAUGGGAAACAAACAAUGGCAACCAAAAGUUCAUUCUAUGGUAUCCCUUGAAAUUCCCGAAAAUGAAAACAUUGUCAGAAUGUAGAUAAAAAUGACAAAUUAUUUUAGAAACAUUAAUAGG